UCUGCAAAACUACAUUAGGAUAAUCAGAGGAUUUCGAUCGUUCUGAAAAAGGACCAAACGAAAAUUCUCCAUAGCAACCACUGAUAGUGCCAUCAACAAGAUAUGUAAAACAAUUUCACAAGGCAUGUGUGAACUCAACAACAAUUGCAGGAACCUUCUGAAACUAUGCCCAGUAGUAAUCGGAACUAUAUAAUUCACCGAGGAAAUAAUUAUGUAUGCUUACUCUGGUAAGAAGGAUGAUUACCAUCAGGUGGCACCAUGUUACUCUUGGUCGUAGUUUAGCCAGCAUGGCUAGCUAGAUUACCUAUUUUUUAUAAACAUUACAGUUAGCUAGAUAGCUGGUUGUCAUUCGUAAUUCACAGUACAGCCAGUAAAAUGCGUUUGGAUUAGGUUUUCGUUCAUUGGCAUGGAGCUCAUUGGCCAGUGCGCUAAUGUUACUCUAGUUUUGUUCAUUAGCUAGCUAGCUAGCCCCAUAUAAAUUAUUGCCAGGAAUAGUGAACCGUUAAUUUAGCUGACUAUAGCUAGCUAGCUGUAAUCCCGUCUCAGUAUUGUUAGAAGAAAAACAUGCACAAUUAUUUUCCUGCGUGCAUUGAUUGUAUGUUUAGUCUUAGCAGUGCAAUGCGUCCUAGACAUAUCUAACUCAGUUAGUAACUGUGGGCACCUGACUUUGGAAUCUAAGGACCAAAUCACAUCCUAAGUUACACCAGAAAGGUAGCUAGCUAGAUUUCUGGAUGUUUCGUGCAUAUAUUCAGACUCAUGCUCAUGUUUAAGCAUCCACCUCCUGUGGUGUGGUGUUUGGGAAGAUGUCCCGCCUCGCCCAGAAGCAGCCGUCUGUCUGCACCAGCGACCCUCUGACAGAUGACGAGGUCUGCCGUAAGAUGGCCGUUCUGCGGCAGGUCCUGGCCUCCAGCUUCGGGCCCUGUGGCCGGCUCAAGCAGGUCCACAACAGUGUGGGGGGCCCCGUCCUGACCACCUCCACCUCGGGCGUGCUCCUGAGGGCCCUCACCCUGUCCCACCCCAUCCCCAAACUACUGACCGCCUCCGUGCUCCACCACGUCUCCCGCUACAGCGACUGUGGCCUGUUCGCCGGCAUCGUGGCGUCCGCCCUGGUGGACCACGCCCGAGGGCUCUCCGUCCAGCCCGCCACGGUCGCCCUCGCGUACAGGCACCUCCUGGGCCUGUGCAGCGACUACCUCAGCCGGGACGACUGCGGCUGCAAGGUGCCGGUGGAUUUGGGCAGCAGCCGAGACCUGCUAGCCUUGGCGCGGACCGUCGUAGCGGCUAAACCGGCCUGCAUGCUGACGGACGCAGAGGCCCGGCACGUCAGCACCCAGGUGGUGCGGGCCUUCCUCCACACGGUGCCCUGCAGCGCCCCGGGGCCCGUGUCCCUGGGGAAGGUGGCGGUGGUUUCCGUCGAGGGUAGGCCCGUGGGGGACGCCGCGGUGUUCCCGGGGCUGCUCGUGGACGCGCCCGAAUCGCUCGGCCCCGCCGACGUCGAGCAGCCGGCGGAGGGGCCCCUCAGGCUGGCCCUGUUCAGCGCCUCGCUGGCGGGGGACCUCCCGGAGGCAGGGGAGGGGACGCUGGAGGUGGACCGGGAGGUCAGCCUGGAGGAGACGGUCCUGGAGCAGCUGCUGGGGUUGGGGGAGCAGGCGGUGCGGGACGGGGUGCGGGUGCUGGCCUGCCAGCGGGUGGUACACCCCGUGCUGCAGCAGUACCUGAGGAGGAGAGGCGUGGUCGUGCUGGAGAGGCUGGGCAUCGCCCUCAUGGAGCCACUCUUCCGGCUGUCGGGGGCCCAGGCGGUGGGCUCGUUCCGGACCCCAGUCCCGGUCCAGUGCUACGGGCAGCUCGCUGGGCUGGCGCUGCAGCGUUGCGGGUCCAGAGAGAUGCUCCAGCUGCUGCCCUGCGGGGACCCCUCCUGCUGCACCCUGCUGCUCUGCCAUCGCACCGACACCGCCCUCAGCGAGCUCAAGGUGGCGUGUGAGAGCGCGGAGCACGUCCUGAGACAGACGCUGAAGGAGCCCUGGGCCCUGCUGGGAGGAGGGUGCACCGAAACACACCUGAGCGCCUACAUCAGAUACCAGGUACACCGUGCGUCCGACGCCGCUGCCGAGCUGCACUGCACGCGCUCAGACUACCUCCUGGCGGCCGAGGCCUUCCGGCGCUCGCUGGUCGCCGUGGCGACGGCGCUGGAGCACGACGGCGGGGCGCGGCUGGUGGACCUGUCCCACGGACACUGCUGGGCCGUCGCUGAGGGAGCGGCCCCCGCGGGCCCCUGGAGGGACGUGCUGGGGCCCUGCGGGUGUGGGGCCACCCCCCCCCGGGGAGGGCUGGAGUGGAGCCCUCUCAGCACGGAGCACCCCGCCUUCUCACCGGCGCCCCCUGUGGCCACAGACGGCACUGACGCCCAGCCGCGAGUGCUCGACUCGUUUCCCGCCAAGCGCAACGCUCUGCAGGUCGCCGUGGAGACAGCCAAUCUCAUCCUGGACCUGAAGUACAUCGUCCAGGAUGUCAACUGACCCGGGUUUUGUGUUGUAGUUUGAUGUUCGUACUUUUGCUCGUUGGAAUAGGUGGGAGUGACUCCUCGGCAGGGGACAGCAUUCGCAUAACUCGGCACUCCAGAACAAGGGGCAGAGAUUCACCGGCACAAUAUGAACACGGAUGUUUUAUUGUUUGUGGCAUGCAAAGCUGUUUUGCUAAAUAUAGCACAAUCUGGCUUAAGAGGGUAAAUACUCCCUCCAAAUACCAAAAGAAAAAUGUACAGCUUUGACAAUUAAACAGGAUUGCAAUUGUGGUUGAAACAAAAACCAGCAUACACAGGGACGUUCACCAUCAUGAAUGUAGUACUAAGAUUUCAACACUAGAUGGCAGCAUUGACUGGUAAUAAUUGGUUGAUCUUACGCUGUUGUGGUGCUGUAACUAGUUUUGCUAUUACAAUUCUACUAUUACUAUUGUAGGUGACAGUACUGCAAAGUAUUAAUAAUAAUGAAUAAUUACAAAAGUUUGGAGGAAAGAAAAUUGUGUUUUAAAAAAACAUUCAGGUCAAUCUUCUUUCUUCAUGCUACAUAAGCUAUUUUGUUAAAGAUAUAGCUACCAAAUUUUACUUGGUGCUUCUUUACCAGAAUAGCUGGUUAUAUUUGAUAUUUAUAUAUUUUGUUAUAUAUAUUUUAUCAGGUCUUUUAAGUGCAGAAAUAGCGACAAAUAAAAUUCUGAAUUUCCCAGCAUAUACACAUACAUCGUAUACUUGUAUAUGUACUUUCUAACAAGGAAACCGAGGAAACUGACAAUGUGUUGCUUUGUUUG